AUGGCGAACAAGCAAGGGAAGAUGCAAAAUCUAAUCAAUUACCGUAUGCGAAUCACCUUGAAUGACGGUCGCCAAAUGACAGGUCAAAUGCUGGCAUUUGACAAACAUAUGAAUCUCGUCCUUGCAGACACAGAAGAAUUCCGAAAAAUUCACAAAAGACAGCAGAAGUCAGGAGCACCGGCUGCGCCAGGCUCUGCAGCAGCGAAUAUCGAGGAGGAAGCCAAGCGUACAUUAGGUCUAGUCAUUCUUCGAGGAACGAACAUUGUCUCUUGCUCCGUGGAGGGUCCACCACCGUCAGACCCAUCUGCUAGACUGGGCACGAGUGCUCCUGGAGGUGCACCAGCUGCACUGCAAGCGGGACAGGGUAUUAGCAGGCCAGCUGGAAGAGGAUUGCCUGUUGGACUUGGAGGACCGGUAGCUGGACUAGGAGGAGGACCACCACCACCUGCAGGAUUCGGAUUUCCACCUGCUGGCGCACCUCCACCUGGAUUCGGUAGAGCUGCACCACCGCCAGGAGGACCACCUGCUGGAUUUUCUGGUCAAGCUCCACCAUUUCAACCACCACCUGGCUUCGGAAGAGGUGCUCCACCGCCUGGCUUUGGGGGUAGAUGA